AUGCAGGCAUAUCUUCAAUACCGACGCAUAGGGCAUGCUGUACAUAGACAGCUUGACGACCAUCCAGAAUGGAUCCAAGCCGGUGUGCAAGAGCCGAAAGACUUGCCCGAGGCUUCCCAAGGUUUGAAUAGCGGCAGUCCUGGCAUGAACGAGACACAGCAGCAGUCAUCACCGUCGCACGUCACAACUCAUCCAUUACCAGGAAUCCAAUUGAUAGAAAAGGCUGACAGCAAUGGACUCUCUCAAGUCUUCCUUGUCGGCUGGGACCAUGAAGAAGAUCCCAUCAACCCGCGGAAUUACAGCUUUGCAACCCGCAUCUCGGCCACAUUGAUUGUCUCUACACUGGGCUUUAUAGUAGGAGCCGCAUCGUCCAUUGAAUCUGGCGUCCUGCUACAGAACAGCACCACCUUCCAUGUCAGCGAGGUCGUCGCCUCUCUGGCGACGGGCGUCUACCUCAUUGGAUUUGGAGUGGGAUCGCUAGCGUCCGGUCCGCUGUCCGAAAUCUUCGGCCGCAAUGCCGUGUACGCUGGCUCCCUCAGCCUCUUCAUGAUCUUCAUCAUGGCGUCCGGAUUGGCGCCCAACAUCAGCGCCCAGCUCGUCUUCCGCUUCCUGGCCGGUGUCUUUGGCUGUCCGCCCCUUACCUGCUGCGGAGGCACCAUCGCCGACAUCUGGAACCCUCUCGAGAAGACCUUCGGCUUCCCGCUCUACGCCGUCUUCUCCUUCGGCGGCCCCGUACUUGGCCCUGUGAUCGCCUCUUACAUGGGCGAGGGUACCCUCUCCUGGCGCUGGACCAACUGGAUCAUCCUGAUCACGUCCGGUCUCGUCUUGGCCCUGAUCGUCCUGUUCCAACCUGAGACCUACCCUCCGCUCCUCCUGAAAUGGAAAGCCCAUCAUUUCCGCUACCUCACGGGCGAUCAACGGUACCAGUCCGAGAUGGACCUGGACCGCACCGCGCUCUUCUCACGAAUCAACACCGCCUGUGUGCGGCAGUUCUCCCUAACAUUCCGCGAGCCAAUAAUCCUACUAAUCACCCUGUAUAUGAACGUUGUCUACAUUGUGAUUUUCACCUUCUUUGUCGGAUACCCGUACAUAUUCAGCGACGUGUACGACAUUUCGCAAGGCCUCACCAACAUCGUCUGGGUGGCCAUGUACAUAGGCAUUGCGCUAGUGGGCCUGUUCGUGCCGUGGGUGUACUCGCGGACCAAGAGGGAGUUCCUCAAGACAGUGGCCGCUUCUUCCCUGGCCAUUUCCUCUUCCGACAACGGCGACGUCGGCGACGUACCACGGAAGAAAACCCACUCCACCCGUCCGGAGAAUCGCCUUUGGUACGCUAUGAUCGGCGCGCCCGCUAUCCCAAUUGGGUUAUUUUGGAUGGGAUGGACGGAUUAUAGCACGAUCUCAAUUUGGUGCCCCAUCCUCGCCUCCACACUGUUCGGCUUCGGAUGCAUCUGUAUCUUCCUCUCCAGCUACAUGUAUGUCAUCGACGCGUACGACAUCUACGCUGCCUCCGCACUCGGCUUCAUGACCGUCUCCCGCUACUGCGCGGCGGGCGGCAUGACCAUCGUCGGGAUCCCGUUCUACUCGAACAUGGGCGUGCACUGGACGCUGACUAUACUGGGGGUGAUCAGCGCGAUUAUGACGCCGGUGCCAUAUGUGUUUUGGCGAUUUGGCGAGGUGAUUCGGGGGUGGAGCCGGUAUGCAGUUUCGACUUAG